AGUUAGAUAACAAUAUCACUGAUAACAUACGACCCCGUCAGUCGUUAUUCAACUGUCAAACUGGAACAGCGUGAGCUGCUAAUUUAAUCUUUCUUACUAACAUUAAACGAAGCAAUGAAGAUCGGUUUUAUCGGAGGCGGCAGAUUAGCGUUUGCAUUGGCAAAUGGAUUCAUAUCUGCAGGUUUAGCGAAGCCGGAUGAAAUAACAGCCAGCUGUCAUCCUUCAGACACAACCAGUGCUGAUGCAUUUAAGGGUUUAGGAGCUACGGCUUUCUUUGAAAACAAACCUGUCGUGGAGCGGUCAGAAGUCGUGAUAGUUUCCGUGAAACCUGACAUCGUGGUACCAGCACUCCGGGAGAUAAAAGAUUUACCCGCUUCGAAAAACAAACUAUUCAUAUCUGUAGCUAUGGGCGUCUCGACUACUACAAUUGAAAAGACACUGCCAUCAGAAGCCCGUGUAAUCCGAGUGAUGCCAAACACACCAGCGCUAGUUAAGGAGGGUGCGGCGGCGCUGAGCCGUGGCUCCCGGGCGACGGCUGACGACGCUCAGCUGACCGCGAAGCUGUUCCGCGCAGUCGGCACCUGUGAUGAAGUGCCAGAGUACCAAAUGGACGCUGUCACAGCGCUGAGUGGUAGCGGACCAGCGUAUGUGUACAUGCUAAUAGAAUCUCUAGCGGAUGGUGGUGUACGUUGCGGCUUGCCUAGAGAUCUGGCACUGAGACUGGCUGCUCAGACGACACUGGGUGCAGCGGCCAUGCUUCGUAAUGGCGGACAUCCUGCUCCUAUGAAGGACAACGUCACGAGUCCAGGAGGCUCGACCGCGGAAGGGACAUAUCAUCUUGAACAGAACGGUUUCAGAUCUGCUGUAAUUGGUGCGGUAAUGGCAGCUACAAAUAGAUGUAAAGUAGUAAAUCAACAACUGAAUAAUUAGAUUUAAGGAACUAUACUUUGUUAAUUAAUAAAAGAAAUAACAAGUA